UACAAAUGUAUUAUUAAAACAGCUUAACAAUUUAUUGUAAAUCUUGAUACGGAUUACAACAGGGUAACCACAGGAGUUUCAAGAGGAAAGCCGCCUGCAAAUAUGGAGCAUAUACUGCAAUCGUAUCCAGAGGAUGCACGCCGUAUUGGCGAAGAAUAUUUAUCUAGUCUCACGGAUUUAAAUUGCAAUAGCAAGCCACUGAUCAAUAUGCUCACCAUGCUCGCCGAGGAAAACAUUAACUAUGCCCAUGUCAUUGUGCGCGUAGUGGAAUAUCACAUCAGCCAGGUGCCGCCCGAAUUCAAAUUACCCAUACUAUAUUUAAUUGAUUCGAUAAUUAAGAAUGUGAAAAGCAGCUACGUGCAGCUGUUUGGGCAAUGCAUAGUCAAUAUAUUUCUCCACGCCUUUGAAUCGGUACAACAUUCGCCAUCCCAGGUGCUGGAGAAAGUGCGGGAACGCAUGUAUCUGUUGCGCCAAACGUGGAACGAUGUGUUUCCUGCAUCCAAGAUGUAUGCCCUGGAUGUUAAGGUCAAGCGUUUGGAUAACAAUUGGCCCAUUACGGCGAAACCAAGCCAACCUAAUAAAAUACACGUUAAUCCCGCCAUACAUGUCAAUCCUGAUUUUCUCAAAACCGGCAUGGUGUCUAUGCCCGUGAACUCGGCUCUGCCUAGCGACAUGGAGGAGAUAUUACAGGCGAAAACAAGAGAGCUACUGGAGCUGAAGAAGCGCAAGCUGGAACUUGAACUGGAGCAGACUAAAAUGCAUUUAAAGGAGCAGGAGCGUCAACUAAGUCAAGCAGCUGAUGCAAUUGCUGUAACGCCCAUGACAGCUGGCAUGUCUGCCCCAACACCUAUACUACGUCCACCAGGCAUGGAGACAAGCGUGCCUCCGCCUAACUAUCCAAGCGGCAUGCGACUUGUGCGUCCAGUUGCGCCAAUCGCUCCAGUAGUUGGCCAACCUCCUUUUGUCAACAAGCCAAAGGUGCAUCCAAUUAAUCCAGCUAUGCUCAAUUCUGUGCGUCAGCGUGAUCCUCGACUGGCCCGUCAGAUGCAGCCGCAACAGUCAGCCCCAAUGGCAGCGCCCAUGCGUGCACUAGAUCCACGUCUGGACAGUCACAAAGGCGGCAACUCUUCGACCUCCUCUUCAGUGCAUAAAUCUAGUCGUUCACGCAGCAAGUCUCCAUUGCACAAUUCAGGCAGCAGUGGCAGCAAUCGUUCCUCCAAACCCAGCAGCAGCAGCAAUAAUCACCACAGCUCCAGCAGCAGUCGCAAGCGCAGCGAGUCAAAGAGCUCAACGGCAUCAAGCUCAUCCUCUGGCUCAGAGUUCAGACACAAGAAUAGUAACAGCUCGCCGGUUAAACGCUCGUCUAGUUCACGCGACAAGCAUUCAUCGAGCAAGGACUAUUCCCAUAAUGGUAGCUCACCCUCAAGCCAGAGUAAACGCAAGAGCAGCUCGCCUGCAAGUUCGCCAACCAAAUCAAAGCGCAAUGCCUCCCACAAAUCCAUGAGUCGCACGAAAUCGAGUGGCUCGAGGAGCACGCGUUCACGCAGUCGCUCACCAAUAUACAGGGAUGUGGACAUGCGUAGCGGGGAGCGCAGCAAAUCGCCAGAGCCAACAACAAAGGCAGCAGCAGCAAUAUCAUCAGUGGUUGUUCCAGCUUUACCAGCAGCAGCAACAACAGCAACAGCAGCUCCAGCAAAUGAUUUAGAGAAACGUAAGAAACAAUUUUUAAUUCUAAUCUCACACUUGUUAGCCAACAGCCAAGUCGUUAGCAAUACAAAUGACAAAGUAGUUGAAUUAUGCACAAAUUACAAACCAAAUUGGCGGCACCGAAGGCUUGACAGCAGGGACUAUCAAGGGGUCAGGUUGGGGUUGGUAUCUUUGAUGGUAACUCUAAGGGUUGUCACCUAUCCUGUCGUUCUGAAACUCUUUGUUUUUUGUGGAAGCAUAAAAUACAAAUUUCUAGAUACACAUUUCACACUACUUGAACCAGGGCCACGUUCACCGCAUUUAGAUGCAUCUAGCAAGGACGUCGAUUUGCGGCCCUUUGCCAAAUUGGCCAACAUGGCGGCUGCCGUAAGGCCAGCAACGCCGCCGGCCCCUUCCAUAACGCUCGACACGACAAGAACAAAUGCAGCAACGAUUGCAGACAUCGGCAACAGCAGCAACGAGAACAGCAACAACACCAGCAGCACAACAAAAAUUGCUAGCAGCGCCUCCAACGCAACGAGCAACAGUUCUUCCUCCAAAUUGCCCACAAAAGUGUCGUUCAAAAUACAAAAACCGUUUAAUAAAUUAGAAAAAUCUACAGCGCAUUUAUCAACAGCAACACUGCUAACAACAGCAGCACCAACACCAACAGCAAUUGCUGCAGCAGCAGCAGCAACUACAGCCAUGAUGCCAGCCAGCAUUAGGCAAUCGUCUCCGGCACCGGCCUCAGUGGAACUUCUGACGCACUCAGCUGGUGAGAAGCGCUCGGCUACCCAGAUGCCGGCAAAUGCGGAUACGGAUGAGGAUGAGGAUAAGUUGCAGCAGCCGCAGCAGAAGCGCAGCAAAUCCGCCAAACUGGAUGCCCUCUUUGGCAGUGAAGAUGUGGACUUGCGUCGAGAGCUGGCUCCAAGUAUUCUUGCGCCGGGCAACGUGAUUGUUGUCGACGAUGAUUCCAUGGACAACUGGGAGGCCAACAAGCAAAUGAAUAAGUCGCCUUUGUCGCCGGCGAAGAAACCUACAUUAGAUGAGUUGCGUGCCAAAUUGGCCAAGACUGCGCGUCACAGCAAUAAGCAGCAGGCUAAGCCGGACAAAUCAAAAGAUUAUCCCGUGACUCAACGUCUCAAGCAGCUGUCGUCAGAGCUGAAAAUCAGCGAUGAUUCACAGGAGGCGCACGACGAAAAGAUGCGUACAAUACUAAGUCAGGCACAGGAAAUGUUCGAGAAUAAUGCCAUAAAUACGGAGCAAUACAAGGACCUAGUUAGCAAGGUUGUGGUCUUGAAUGAGACUGGCAGGAAGGACCGGCGACGCGAAGCACCUGUCGAUGACGAGGACUUGGAGCGGAACGCAGCGCGAGAUGCUGUCUUGCGAAAGCGCAUACCCAAACUGAAGGGCAAUGAGAACCAUGCGUCCAGUUCGCCUCGUAGCGAUGGCGAGCCACAGCAGCAGCAGCUGUUGCCAAUUGUCGACAAGCCACAGCAGCAACAGCAACAGCCGCCGCCUGCUAAGCAGCUGAAGAACAAGCGUGAUGGCAAACGACGCAAGCCCAGCAAAUGGGGCGAGCAGGUGGAUCCGGCUGCAGCACAGCGAGCUGCAUGGCAAUUAGCUCAAAACAAUAACAAUAACAAUGUAAAACGAAAUGCCGUGGCAGGCGGCGGAAAUGUUGGUUUUCGUGGCAUGCCUUGGCAGCAUCCGCCGUUGGUUAUGGCGCAAGCUGUCGUGCCACCACCACCGCAACCACCCUCUAUGCUAACACUGCCGCCAGUCCCAACGGUGAACAUAACCAAAGCCAUCAACUCACUGGACAACCCCAUGGCAGAUAUGGUGCGCAGCAUUACGAUCGAUGGCGGAACUAAGGAGAUACGUUUCUAUAAUCAGGUGGCAAUCAUAUUUAUGGAUGGCGAUGAGCCGCAUGAAAUUGGCUUCCAGAACGGACAGCGUGCCAUCUACAUUGAUCACAACGAGCAGCCGCUGGCGCUCAGCUUCAAUGAUGACUACAAACCCUUUCAGUUGGAUGGGCAGCUGCAUCGCAUUCGUUUCGGACACCCCUCUCGGGAGCUGUACAUCGAUGAUCAUUGGUAUGAGAUCUACUUUGGUGGACCGCCCGUUUCACUGCCCAUCGGCAAUAAGUUGCAUGUGCUGAAGGCGGAGGGACCGCCGCCAAAUGUGGACAUUGGUCGUGUGCGUCGAGAUUUAGUUGUGGGCAAAAUCAACAUGAUUGUCGAUGCACACACAAUUGUGCCGCUGUUUCUCGAUGGCCGCCAGCAGACGUUCCAUUUGGGCGCCGAGCAGCACUCGCUCCAAUUCGUGGAUAGCUUCCUUUAUGCAUUGCUAGAUGGACAGCUGCAGAAGCUGGAAUAUGGCGGGCUGCCUAAGAGCAUGAAAUUGAAUGGAGGACGAAAUUGCUUCAUACGCUUUGGCACGCUGCCCAAGGGCGUGCAGGCGGGCAAGACCCACGUUCAAGAUAUGGUGUACAUUAAGACUGAGGCGCCAGCAGAACCGCCACAACCGCCGCCACUGCCAGUGGCUGUAUUGCCAACUGCACCAGCCGCCGCAGUAGCAACGCCCGAGCAGCCAGCAACUGUUGCAGCUGUCGGUGUGCCGACAAAUGCUGCUCCUGUUGUGCCUUUGCCUGAAGCAGCAGCAGCCGCUCUAAGCAAUCUCAACAUUGACGAACUCUUCCAGAAGCUCGUCUCUUCUGGCAUAAUUGCUGGCACCACCAGCAACAGCAGCACAGUCAACGUACCUGCUUUGGAUACCAAUUCCAACUCUAGCAAAGAGGCGACAGCAACAACUGUAGCACCAGCAACAACUGUGGCGCCUGUUGUAGCUGCAACACCUGCAGCAACUGUGCCGGCAGCCCCACCUCUCGAGCCCAUCAAGCGCAUUGAUCUGACGAAGCCAGACACAAUUAAGACUCGUCAGGCGGCCGUGAUUGCCAGCCUCUAUUUGGGCAUGCAGUGCAGCAGUUGUGGCGUGCGCUUCCCACCGGAGCAGACCAUAAAGUACAGCCAGCAUUUAGAUUGGCAUUUCCGUCAGAAUCGAAGGGAACGCGAUUCGACACGCAAGCCGACGUCCAGGCGUUGGUACUAUGAUCUCAAUGAUUGGAAGCAAUACGAGGAAAUUGAGGAUGUCGAAGAGCGAGAAAGGAAUUUCCUCGAAUCACAAGGCCAACAAUUGGGACCUGAUGCUAUCGAUGAGGUCUCCCAGCAACGUUCACUCAAUUCACCUGUUCCUAGCUGUGCAGCUGGUCCAACAGAUGUGGAUCGCGGCUGUGACAUGUGCCACGAGAAAUUCGAGCAGUUCUACAACGAAGAGCUGGAGGAAUGGCAUCUACGCUCAGCCAUACGCGUAGACGAUAAGAUCUAUCAUCCACUAUGCUACGAAGACUACAAAGCUUCGCUCAAUCCACCUCCAGUUGUUGAUAAUGACACGACAGCAAAUGAAGAUGUGGAUAUGCUAAAUGCUAGCGAUGACAACGCCAUGGACACGCUGAUCAAGCUGGAAGAUGAAUCGGAUGAUGUCAAGAAGACGUCCAGCACGGUGCUGGCCGACGAUGAUGAUGAUGAUGAUGUCAUUGUGCUGCCCAAUGAGGAACCUAGUGUUACAGAGAUUGUCGAUGACGACGAUGAUGAAUAUGUGCCCGUCGCUACUUCAGCCGAACCAGAGACAGAGCUGUCCAAGGAGAAGCCAACAAGCAGCGAACAGGAAGAUAAACAACAGCAGCAAACAAAUGAGCAACAGCUUGAUAACGAGCAUCAUCAAAGGGUGUCAGAGAACGCCAAUGAAUCAGAUGUGGAAAUACAGGAGCCAAACAUUCCGUUUACCGAUCUGGACAACUAUGUAGAAAAGGAGCCAGUGCCGAUGCUCAAUGUUAAAAUCAAAGAAGAGCCGAAGGAUGACGACGAAGAGGAUGAUGAUGGCUUUGAGGAUGUGGGCACAGUAGUACAAUUGCUGCCGCUGCCAGAAGAUGAGAUAUCCAUAUUAAGUAGCGAAACAUUAACCCAUACCAUCGAUUCGACUGCAUCGCCAGCUACGCUGGAGCGUCCAGCCUCGGUGACAUCUCUCUCAUUGCCAGCCAAUGACGAUGAUCUGGAACUGGAGCCAGUUGCUGCAGCAGCCAGCAGCGAGGCCGAUUUUAAUGGUGAGAAUCCGCAGGAGACGCAUAAUUUAAGUGCAGCGGGGCCGGCACCGGCGUUACCUUUGGCUAGCAUAGUUAAUAAAAUAAAAAUAAAUAUCACUAAGAAUACAAGUAGUAAUAGUCAUAAUAGUGCCUCAACAACAACAACAACGGACUCUCAAGUGUCGGCUAUAAGCGUCAUUGGCGCCACUGGAAAUGCCGAUCAGCAACAACAACAACAGCAGCAGCAGCAGCAGCAGCAAAAUUCCAUUCAAACAAUUUCCACUAUUCCUGUGCUGUGUGGAGGCAACACGUUCGUUCCGAAGAUUGCCACCAGCAGUAACAGCAGCACAAAUACGCCGCCUGCCAACAUAAGUAGCAUUUCCGUUAUUGGAAGCAGCUACGGCAGCAGCAGCAGCAACAGCAACAACAGCAGCAACAGUUCGCGUGUGCCUGCAGCAGCAGCAACAACAUCAGCGGCGGCAUCAUCAGCAUCUCAGCCAGCAACUGUCAGCGGUUUGGGAACGGCAACUCAAAAGUCGAAUACCCCACCACCAUCCGCUGCUGUCGAAGCUGAGCCGGAACCUGUGAUCGAACUAAAGCCCGCGCUGCGGCAGGUGACGCUGAAGAAAACGAAGAAAGUUCAAAAUGGCAUCGAAACUUCGGGCCUGUGCUCGAUCAUGUAGAAAGGAGGAGAGAGUGAUGGGCACAUGCAAAUUAUUCCUAAUCUCACUUCAUGUGUGUUUUUCUAUAUAAUUAGCAAUUUUACAAUUUUAAUUUAGAACGUUACUUAGUUUUAGGCAAUUUACAGAGGCGCCAAUAAUAGCGCAUCUUUUUGCGGUUCUAUAUAGGCAUCCCCCAACUCGUACGAAACCCUCUCCCACUUACAUAAACCUAUACAGAGCGCGCAACACUUAAUUUAUUUUUACAACGAUACAUAAAUGCAAAAUAAAAAGAAAAUUUUUACACACAACUAUAAGAGAACGUAUACAUAAUUUGUGAUAAUUUUUAAACACUCGGGUCAAAAUAUUUAUUCAGUUAUACAAAUCAGAGCUUGGUCCCUCAUUAUUAUUCAUGUAAUGUGCGUUUGCUGAAUUUGAAACAAUAAAUGAAAACUGAAUUCAA